AUGGUUCAUUGCUUCGAAGUGUACAUAAUCCUUUGGAAAACGCCACAGUUUGUUCAGUCGAAGAUCCCUCAGGCCAUCAGAGCGGUUCGUUUUGAAAACUGAAACCUCACUUGGCACGAUUUGAAAACGUCUGCCUUUAUUUGUAUGUUUUUUUUAUCGCACAGAAGAAAAAAGAGAGCGUAGAUACUAUUUCGAAUUGCAGCCUGUAAUCUUUGGCAGUGAACGUUUUGUGAGUUUCUUUUUUUUUCGUGGCCAUCGGAAGCGUAAAUUUUUGAAAAUGACCGUGUUCGAAUCCCAAUGCUUAAAUCCUUUUAAGUAUUAAAUCACAAAGAACGAAUCCUAAAUUGAAGUUUUUUUUUUCUGAUACCUCUCUUUUUUGAUGAUCUGUGAUUUCUAAUAUUGAGAAAAAAAAAAUUACGGAUAUAGCUCGAACACAUACAAAGUUGCAAAACUUUAUUUCAGAUUGGACUUGUCACCUUCAGCCCGAUAAUUCUUGCUGCGAUCCUCCACAUACAGUACGCCAAUCUUCGUUGCGUGACCCUCGACGAGUUCAAACAGCCUUUAUGGAAAUAUCGGCUGAACGUUGGUCUUAUCUAUUUUUUCUCCGUUUUCUCAGGACUCUCGUCUUUAAUGUCUGUGGGUGAAAAUUCAAAGAAAAAAAUUUGAAUUGUUUUUUUAAGGUGGUCAGAAAUGGAACACGUUCCGCUCGCACAUUCGGAUUAUGUAUUCAAUACAUUUAUACUAUUAUUUAUGGUAAAUUUUUGAACUUCUAAUGAAUUAUGUAUCCAAGGAAUUGAAACGCCUGGGGUUUACAAAUUGUUCAAGACCUCUUCUUUUUUUGAAAAAUUUUUUUCCAAUUUGGGUCAUGGUUAUAUGUAAUGAUGAUUUUAGAAAAAAAGGGAACUCUUGGUUUUCAGAGAAACUUUUGGAUUUUUUGCGCAAUUGGAGAGUUUUAUGACCUUUUUUUGUUAUAAAACCACCAGAUAUUUCUUUAUUUUCUAAAAGUUCUGUUUUGAAUCCAUUAAACAGCGAAGAGCGUUAAGUUGCACUCCAUGAAUGAUUAGGGCGCUUCGCUUCUCUUUUCUGUAGGGAUGAGACUAUUUUGAUGAUUUUUUUCCAGUUAGUUUUACGUUGAAAUUGGCGUGGAACAUUUGGGAAAACUUUCGCCCGUGGAAAGAUGUCAAAGUAUCUGAAAGCACUCGAAAGAUACAAAAGAAGGUUUUCAUGGCGAUUCAAGUACAGGUGAGUUUUUGCCUGAUCGAAAGAUAAAGAUAACUCAGAAAUUUGUUACGAGAAAAGAUUCUUUUAGAUCCCAUUUUGAUUAUAUUUUCCUACACCGUUUUUUUUUCAAUCGUCCAAAGACCAUGAUCAAAAUAAAAAAAUAUUUUCUCUUUUUUUUUUCAAGACAUGUCUUUCAUUUUUUAGACUCUGGUCCCGUUUGCGGCCAUAAUUAGUCCAUCAUCCUAUGCCAUUUUACUAGUUUCGGGAAGAGUGGAUCAAAAUCGCAUCCUUUGUCUUGUCAACUGCGUUCUAUGCUUCCUACACUUGCCAAUUUCUUUCUUUUUACUCAUUUUUACCCAUAAAAAUCACCGCGAUUGGUUCAUCAAAAAGCUUUUCAAGGCUUUGAAACGUUAGUUGUCUUAUAAAGUCAACUCAAUUAUUCGUUUUUUUCAGGUCCAAUUUCAGUUGCACCAGAAGAAGAUAAUAUGAAAACUGUUUUUGUCGUCGAAAAGUAGAACAUGGAAUCCGGAUAUCAAACUGUUCCUGAGAGGGUUUAUUUCGACCUGCCGUGAUAAUUUGAGCUAUAUUUUCCAUUUUUUUUUUCUUGAUAAAAUAUUCAUUCAUCUGAGAAAUCACAAUGUUUGUUGAUUGAGUUUGAAAGAAUAUAAAUGGGCCUUUUUCAAUUUUCUGAGAGUUGAGCCGAGAAGUCGAUGAUUUUUCAGCUUCUUGCGGUUCCCAUCAAUUUCUUGGCAAAAAGGCGGCCUCGGCUUUUCAAACAUCUCCGAAUCGGGGGAGAAUCUUGUCAGCGAAUAUGUUACGUUGAUAACUAUUUCAUGUUUUUUUUUUAAAUUUUUCCCUCGACCCUAGGAAUGAAACUACUAACGAAAAUGAAGGUUUUCAAGAUUUUAAUUAGGUUUCAAGCAAGAUCGAAAAUGAUGAUUCAUCGUUUCUAAGAAAAAAUUUCAAAAACGUGCUGACGGAUUUUUUUUUUUGAACUUUAGACUAAACUAUGCUCACGUUUCCCUAGCUACCUGCAAUCAGAAGUAUCCAGGUGAUAAUUAAAAAGUAUCAAAGUUUUCACUGAGUAUUGUCUGAAAAACACAACAUGUUGAUACUUAACGGUCACGUUGUUUCUUUAUUGGAAGUUUAUACCAACAUAUAUCCAUUUAUCGGGGUUUUCGUUCACUGUUUCGAACUGUAUCUGAUCAUUUGGAGAACGCCGAAAUUCGUCGAGUCGAAAAUUCCUCAAGCAAUCAGAGCGGUGAGUCUCAUUUCUUUGUUUUCUAAGUUCAAAGUUAUACAAAAAAGCAACUUCUAGGUGCUCGCGAUCCCUAUCAAUUUCAUAAGUGGAGACAGCGGCUUCGGAUUUCUGAGUAUUUUAGAGCUAGGAGACAAUUGGAUGUAUGAAGACGUGUACAUGAUCGGCGGGAAAGGCGGCGUGAUCAAAGGAAUUCAAGAAUUUGUGAGUUUUCUCGAAGCUUGAGCUAUCGAGAUGGGUUCCAAUUGGAACUAUCAAAACAAAAGUUUUGCAUCAUAUUGAAUAGAAUCAGCAGUUUUCUUCUUACUCUUGAGCAUGCCUUCCAGUGGGGAAUCCUUCUGAGCAGUCCGUUGAGUCUCACCGCGAUUCUCCACAUACAGUACGCCAAUCUUCGUUGCGUGACCCUCGACGAGUUCAAAAAACCUUUAUGGAGAUAUCGGCUAAAUGUUGGCUUGAUUUAUACUUUCGCCACAUUCACAGGCUAUCCAGUUGCUUUUGCUGUAGGUCAUUGAUUUUAAAUAAAGUAUCAAUCAAUUACUUCAGACAGCCAAAAAUUCAGACCUCAAAGUUCGCCUUUUCAGCUUUAUUCUUCAUUUCAUUUACAGUACCAUAUAUAGUAAGAAAAAUAAUCAAUUUUUUUGAAAUCGAAAAAAGUUUCAGUUAGCUUGGCUUUGAUGUUUGCCAAGAAUAUUUGGAAAAAAAUUUCAAUCCUUUUCAAGGCGUCAAUAUCUCAGAGUGCACACGAAAAAAAUGCAGAGGAAAAAUUUUUUUCUGGCCAUCCAAAUACAGGUUAUUAGAUCAAAGUUUUUUUGAUCGAUUAUUAAGUUAAAAAACCAGAGAGCUGAAAUUAUUAAACUGGAAUUUGAUUUGAAAAAGGGAAAUUUUAAAUUUCAAGACCAUGGUCCCAUUUUUGGCAAUCAUUAUUCCAUCUACUUACGCCAUUUUGCUUCUUUCGGGAAUGAUGAAUCGAAAUCGAAUAAUUUGCUAUCUCUGCUGUUUUCUAUGUUAUUCCUACCUACCAAUUUCUGUUUUUAUACUCAUUUUCACGCACAAAAAUCAUCGCGAGUGGUUUAUAAAAAAGCUUUUUGAGCAUCCAAAACGUAGGUUUCUGUUAAAGUCCUCCAAUCAAUGGGGUUUCCAGGUUCAAAUGCAAUUGUGACAGCUGAGAAGAAUAUGAAGACGGAUAUUUUUGUCGUCGAAAAAUGAAAUUCGAACACUGAAUUGAACAUAAAUUUGUUUGUUCAAGGGGUGAAAAUUAUCUUUAUUUGUUUUUGUUUGGUAAAGUUCAUUUUUUUUACCGCUUCAAAUUGUUUGUUCAAAGCUAUUUUCUAUUAUUAUUGCCUAGAAUGUUUUUUCAGUCAGUUUCUAUUUGAUUGAACUAAUUUUUGGAAAUAAACCAUUUUCUUGUUUUUGACAUAAGAAAAAUAGCAAUAAAUCGCACUUUUUUUCUUCGCGAGUUUCGACGGUUUUCAACUUUCAAAAAACAGGUGAAAAGUUCAACACACGUCAGCUUGAAAAACCCAGGUGAUAUUCAAAAAACUAGCAGUUAUUACAUAAAGCUUCCAUAAAAACGUGCAAGAAAAUGUCGCUAGGAGAUAAAUUUGAAGAUUCUUUUCUGGGAAAUCUUUCCGCCCUUUACCCUUUUCUUAGGUUGAUUGUUCAUGGCUUCGAGCUGUACCUCAUCGUUUGGAAAACUCCGAAAUUCGUCGAAUCGAAGAUUCCUCAGGCGAUCAGAGCGGUUCGUUUUCUUUUUUAAAUUUAAACUCAAAUGUCUUGAAUAUUCUCUUGACUUGUCAGUACAUUCUUUUUUGCUGUCUGUAUGAAAUUUGAUAUGAUUUCUUAACCUUGGAUGAAGGCGGAUUGUCGAUUUUGAGGUUCUUGCGAUUCCUAUCAAUUGGAUGACUCAAGAUGGUGGCCUGGGAUUUUCGAACAUCGCGGAAUGGGGAGAGAACUGGAUGGACGCAAAUUUAACGAUACUUGGCGAUCAAAUGACGGGUCGAGAUCAAUUUGUGCGUUUUUUUAAAAUUUAUUUUAAAGCGGCAGCUACCUCAUAACCAGAUCCUUAGUGGAUAAAAAUUUAGUAAGUGCUUGGAAAAGACUAAAAACCCCCUUGUGGGGUUCACCGUACCUUUACGCUGCUUUCUCUCAAACUUACUCAGGCCUUUCGAAAUUUCUCAAAAAUAAAAAAAACCCGAAAAAAUAGUCUUUGUUUCGCUUUUUUGGGACAAUUUUCAGUAGUUUGCACAUUCUCGGAGUGCUUUUGUUCAGUUGUGUCUCGUAUGGUUCAGUCCAUUAAGCCUCGCGGCGAUUCUCCACAUACAGUAUGCCAAUCUUCGUUGCGUGACCCUCGACGAGUUCAAAAACUCUUUGCGGAAGUAUCGACUGAAUGUUGGCCUCGUCUACUUUUUCUCAGUCGUCUCGGGGCUUCUGUAUCAUUUUUUGAUGGUUUCAUACACAUCCAAAAAAAAAAAUCAACUUAUCUGCUUCAGAACAUAGCAAGCAAAAGCAUUGAGAUUCGUGUUUUCUUCUUGCUCUGUUACUACACUUAUGCUUUUACCUAUGGUCGGUAAGAAUUUGAAAUUUCUCAAUGAGAGAAAGUUCUUACAGUUGGCUUGGCUCUGAAGUUUUCUUGGGACAUUUGA